UACUCGUCGCGGGCUGCCAGGUAUGUGGCCUUCGCCUCGCUGUUCUUCAUCCUCAUCUCCAUCACCACCUUCUGCCUGGAGACCCACGAGGGCUUCAUCCACAUCAGCAACAAGACUGUGACGCAGGCCUCCCCCAUCCCCGGGGCCCCGCCGGAGAACAUCACCAACGUGGAGGUGGAGACGGAGCCCUUCCUGACCUACGUGGAAGGCGUGUGCGUGGUCUGGUUCACCUUCGAGUUUCUCAUGCGCAUCACCUUCUGCCCGGACAAGGUGGAGUUUCUCAAGAGCAGCCUCAACAUCAUCGACUGCGUGGCCAUCCUGCCCUUCUACCUGGAGGUGGGGCUCAGCGGCCUGUCCUCCAAGGCCGCCAAGGACGUGCUGGGCUUCCUGCGCGUCGUCCGCUUCGUGCGAAUCCUGCGCAUCUUCAAGCUGACCCGUCACUUCGUGGGGCUGCGGGUGCUGGGCCACACGCUCCGCGCCAGCACCAACGAGUUCCUGCUGCUCAUCAUCUUCCUGGCCCUGGGCGUGCUCAUCUUUGCCACCAUGAUCUACUAUGCCGAGCGCAUUGGCGCCGACCCCGAUGACAUCCUGGGCUCCAACCACACCUACUUCAAGAACAUCCCCAUUGGCUUCUGGUGGGCUGUGGUCACCAUGACGACCCUGGGCUAUGGAGACAUGUACCCCAAGACGUGGUCUGGGAUGCUGGUCGGGGCGCUGUGCGCCCUGGCGGGGGUGCUGACCAUCGCCAUGCCUGUUCCUGUCAUUGUCAACAAUUUUGGCAUGUACUAUUCGCUGGCCAUGGCCAAACAGAAGCUGCCUAAGAAGAAGAACAAGCACAUCCCCCGGCCCCCCCAGCCUGGCUCGCCCAACUACUGCAAGCCCGACCCACCCCCGGGGCUGCCUCCUCUGCCUGCCCCCGGCGAGCCCUGCCCGCUGGCUCAGGAGGAAGUGGUUGAAAUCAACAGGGCAGAUCCCCGCCCCAAUGGUGAUCCUGCUGCAGCUGCGCUGGCCCAUGAGGACUGCCCCGCCAUCGACCAGCCUGCCGUGUCCCCAGAGGACAAGAGUCCCAUCACCCCGGGAAGCCGGGGCCGCUACAGCCGGGACCGUGCCUGCUUCCUCCUCACCGACUACGCCCCUUCCCCCGACGGCUCCAUCCGGAAAGGUUACGAGAAAUCCCGCAGCCUGAGCAGCAUCGCGGGCCUGAGCGGGGUGUCCCUGCGCCUCGCACCCCUUGCCACCCCCCCUGGCUCUCCCCGGGCCACCCGCCGCGCCCCCCCAACCCUGCCCUCCAUUCUCUAGCACUCCCCUCCCCCCUGUGGGGGGACUCGGGGGUGACCCGGAAGGUCAGAGGAGCUGGGGGCGGGGGGUGGGGAAGGUAUUUUUUUUAAAAAUCAAAAAGUCAUUAAUAAUAUGCAACCGAGAUGAUGACGCCAGCAGACACCCCCGGGCCCCUCGCCCCCCACCUGGGCCCCCAGGAUGGAAGGGGAGGGGCCGAAGCCCGUCCCCCUACUUCACGCCCCCACAGAAAGCCUUCUCAGGUCUCCAUGAGCCAUAGGACACCCUCUCGCACCGCGUCGUGUAAAUAAGUCCAAACCACUCCAACUCCAUCUCGGGGCACCGCCCUCGCCACUCUGCAUGCUCUUCAGCCGGACCCCUGCUCCAAGCCACCUUAGCAAUAAGCCGCCGGGGCUGCAUGCUGAGAUUCGGAGGAGGCGGGCUGGAACCUCUGGGGAUCAGGCUGGCCUUCAAGCCACAGGGGGGUCUCCUGCCUUUCACCUCAGGGCAACCUACCCACCACUCACUGACUAAAGAAUCCAUCUAGGACAGGGGCAGGAGGGAUGUCCGUCAAGCCCAGGCAGUCGGCAGAGGCAGGAGGGUGCGCGGCCCACGGUGGCUCCCCUGGCCUUCGGGAAGAUCCCGCUGGUGAUUUCACCCCCCUCCAAGGGAGCUGCUGCCUCUGUCCUCUGUGCAUGGACUCAGAACCCCCCACCCAGAAUUCCCGGGAAGAUUCGGCCUUGGCCCACAAAGUCCCUGCCUAACCCCUCCACUCCCAGGACAUGAGCCCUGCAUCUGGAAUUCCUCAGACGGGCCCUGACACCCCGCACCCCGAGCCCCCACACACUUCUGGGAUUUAGCCUCUGCAAACCGACACUUCCCUGCCCCUAACACCCCCAUUCCCCAGGUCGCACCCCCGGCUUCAAACCUCCAAGCGUCCAUCCAACUCCAGCUCAGUUCAGCCUUUGGGAUGCUCCAGAUCUUUCCCACAACUCUGACAUUUCCUGGACACACCCAGAUCUCCCGGCAUGCUCCCCAACACCCCCAAGUCCUCCAAAGAACACAGGACUCACCCAUCCCAGGAUCCCCUGACCUAGAACUUCCAAGGGAACUCCAGGGAGCCAGACCCAGCAGCCCUCUCUCCCGCCCUCGCCCUGCCCUGCCCUUAGGCCCCUUCCCUGAGAUGGUGCCCUCUUCAUGGCCACCGGCUUCCUGGAGUGUCGCACUGGUGUCCUUGCUGGUAGGACAAGGUUGUGGGCAGUGCACGGAAGAGUGCUGGUUUAAAAAGUUUUCUCUUGAAUGCGCACAUUUUGGGAGUGAAUCGGGUAGCGCUGCUUGGUAGGGGCUUCGUUACUUCGGUUACAAGUGUUUCCAUUUGAG